CACCGAUCCAAUCCCGUGUCAGAGGAGGCGGGAUUAUGAAGAACACGGAUGGGGGAAGAUGACAUUGCUGUGAGUGUCGCCUGUUUUUUGGAGAAGGUGAUCUGGGAAUUGAUCGGCAGACAUCAUGUGGCCCCGGUUAUGUUUGGGGCUGUUGUUUGUUGGCCUGGUACGAGCAACGCUGCCUGCCUUCGAAACCAACAAAAAGCUGGAUCCUGAAGUCUGUAUGAAUAUUAGUGAGAUCAUCAGACACUGGGGUUAUCCGGCUGAAGAGUUCGAGGUAGUCACCGAUGACGGCUACAUCCUGAGCGUCAACAGAAUCUCACACGGCAUCCAGAGUAAAUUCCAGCAAGAGCCCAGGCCUGUGGUGUACCUUCAACAUGGGCUCCUGGCCGCAGGAAGUAACUGGGUGACCAACCUCCCCAACACCAGCCUUGGCUUUUUGCUAGCGGAUGCUGGAUUUGACGUGUGGAUUGGAAAUAGCCGUGGGAACACCUGGUCAAGAAAACAUGUCAAGUUUACCCCUAAGCAAAAAGAAUACUGGCAGUUUAGCCAUGAUGAAAUGGCUAAGAGGGACCUUCCAGCAGUAAUAAACUUCAUCACAAAAGUCACAGGACAGGAGCAGAUUUUCUAUGUUGGCCAUUCUCAGGGAACCACCAUUGCUUUUAUGGCUUUUUCCACAAUGCCAGAGCUGGCUAGCAAAAUCAAGAUGUUUUUUGCAUUGGCUCCAGUAGCCACAGUUGCUUUCACAGAAAGUCCUAUGGGCAAACUGAGUAUCCUCCCUGAGUUUUUCAUCUGGAAAUUAUUUGGGCACAAAGACUUUUUUCCUCAGACUGCUCUCAUCAAGUUUUUUGCCACCCAGUUCUGCAGCAAGAAACCAAUAAGCGUGCUGUGUGGAAAUAUAUUUUUCCUCCUGUGUGGUUUCGAUGAGAAAAACCUGAACAUGACCCGAACGCCCGUGUACACAACACACUGCCCUGCUGGAACCUCUGUCCAGAACAUGGUCCACUGGGCUCAGGCUGUAAAGAGUAAGAGACUGAUGGCAUAUGACUACGGAAAGGCUGGAAACAUUGUUCAUUAUAAUCAGUCAAUCCCUCCUCUGUAUAACGUGCGGGACAUGAAGGUGCCUACGGCGGUGUGGUCCGGAGGACACGACACGCUGGCAGACCCAAAGGAUGUGGCGUUGCUGCUCAAACAGAUCCCUAACCUGGUGUUCCAGCGCAAAAUCCAGCAUUGGGAACACCUGGAUUUCAUCUGGGGACUGGACGCCCCGCAGGAGAUGUACGAGCAAAUAAUCCAGUUGAUGAGAAAGAAUAUCUGACCGCCUUUUAUGCCUUUUAAUGUGAAGUUUUAGUGUUAUAACAAUACAACAACCAGCACUAUGAAUUUCUUAAUAAUUCUUUAUCAGGGAAUUACAGCAAAAAAUACUAACAUUUUUACUUUCUUUUACAUUACUUGUUGUACCUCAAAUUUAUCUUACAUUAUCUUUGUUUGAUUUGUAAAUACACCGUGUUCCAAACUAUUAUGCAAAUGCAUUUUUUUUUCUAAAUAGUAAAUAUGCUUAAAGAUUUUAUAUUUUAAUUUUAAUAACAUUUAUAUUACAAUGUGAAUGUUAUUACAUGCAAAAGAACUGACAAUGUAAACUGCUUUAUUGACAUUUUGGAAAAAUCACAAAAUAUGCUGUUCCAAAUAA